AGCUUCGGACCAUCGAAUAUUCCACGUACCCUCCUUUGCCGCCUAUUCGUCCUCCUGCCUAAUAAUAAAUUCCGGUAAGCCCAAUUCGAUGCCUGGCGGCAUCCUAAUCUCCUCGCCUGUAUAGGUAACCGGCAUAACUCCAGCGGAAGACCACCUUCUUCCCUGCAAACGCAAACCAGAAUCGAAGAACCCCAAGGCCGGGAUGCUCCGCCUCUUGUCCCGGCCAUUCCGCCGCCUUCCCCGCUCCCCACGGCGGCGUUUCUCCUCCCAAACCUCCGGCGAGCCCUCACAACGCCACCUCAAAGAUUCCUCCUCCCCUCCUUCUCUCCUCGAGAAACCGCUCCCUUCUUCCCCUCUCUUCCCCCUUCCCUACUCACCCCGCCGCUCCCUACCCUUUUACGCCCUCACUGGAACCCUAGUCUCCUCCCUUGCCCUCGUCGCCUAUCUCUCCUACCCCUCCUCCGACGAUCGCCGCCGGUCCCGAUCGGAGCGAAUCUACGCAGACCUCGAGGAAACCCUAGAACGAUCCAAGGGCUCCGUGCAGAGGGUCCUGGACCAAAUGAAGCAGACCUUCGCCGCCGCCGCCGUCCUCUGGAACUUGCUCGCCUCCGUGCUGUCGACGGCCAAUCAGGAGGUCCGGUCCGGGUUCGAGCUACGGGUGGCGGCGCUUCUCGCAGACAUCUCGGCCGCGAACGGGGUCCGCCGGUCGGCCAUCGUGGGGGCGGGCAGCGGGGCCGUCGUGGACUGGUUGCUUGAGAGUGUGGCAUCGUCCGGGAACGGAGGGGAUCAUAGUGGUAUCCAGGCUGAGGCCGCGAGGGCGCUCGCGCACCUAAUCGCGGACCCUAAUGUAUGCCAGUCCGUGCUCGGGCGGCCCCAUGCAAUCCCGAAACUCCUCAAGUUCAUUUUCUCCUUCCAGCCCAAGAGGCCGAAGAAGCAGUUUAAACACACUUCGUUGGAUGGUCCAGAUUUUUGUAAAGGAAGGAGCAUGCUUGUUGCUGCCCUUAUGGAUGUAAUCACUUCAAACUGUGAUAAGAUAGAUCAUUCAUCAUUUCAGCCGUUGUUGCCUGGAAAUGCAGAUAUGAGAGAUAUUGCAGUAGCACUUGAAGUUGUUGAGCAAGGUGGAAUGCACUUUCAUGAUCACCAUGGGAAUGAAGAUGAUGAUGAUGGUGACCGAGGAAUGCGCGGAAUCGGGAUUAAAGUUCUUGGUGGCACAACUGUUUUGGGAUUUUCAGGAACAGACGGCUUCUUGAACUUGGGAAAGCUUGAUUAUGGUCACCUAGAAUCAUUUGUGCAUAUCUGCAAGAAUCUGGUAUUCCAAGAUAAUAGUUGCAGUUCACCAAAAAUUGAGAAAUUAACUUCUGUCACUGUCCCAGGCCUCUGGGAUGAUUUGCAGAGAGAACAUGUUGCUGUACCUUUUGCUGCAUGGGCUCUAGCAAAUUGGGCAUUGGCAUCAGAGCUUAACCGGUCUCAUAUUCAAGAACUUGAUAGAGAUGGGCAUGCUAUCAUGACUGCUUUAAUGGCACCAGAGAGAACAGUAAAAUGGCAUGGGAGCUUGGCGGCUCAAGCUCUUUUAGAUGAUUGGAAUUUGCCAUUGACUGUUUCUGUUCCAAAUUGGAGCUCCAGUCUUCUUUCUACAGCUUUUUACGCUAGUGAAGCUGAAGACGUCGCAUUGGCUCGAGUAGCAUUAUCAGCUUUUCUUGUCUCUAUUGACAGAAGUAAUGAUGCAAAGAAAGUGGUUAUGGAAAAGGGCCUUUAUCUCAUGAGAGGAAUAGCUAAACAGUCGGAAAAAUAUAAACAUUUGCAAGAAGCAUUAGCUAGGAUAUUGGAAUUACUUUAUGCAGCAGACAUGCACUUAUCUCUUGAGGAAAGUCAAAAGUGGUCUGGUAUUCUUCUUCGUUGGGUUUUUAGUCAAGCUUCCUUCGACACUACACGUCUUUCAGCUACAAAAAUCCUUUCUUGCAUCCUUGAAGACCAUGGGCCAGCUACAAUACCAAUUUCUCAAGGAUGGUUAACUCUCUUGCUCACUGAGAUUCUUGGAAUCAGCAAGAAAUCAUAUUUGAAAGCAAGCACUGACAAAGUAAAGACUCAAAUUGAUCAGUCCAAUGCUCAGUCAGCGGCACAAGUUGCCAAUCAGUUAGCCACUGCUGUUAUAAAACUAGCUGGGGUUCAGUUGAAAUCUGAGCCUGAUUCCUUUGAUGAAUUUCCUCUUGCUGAUUUUCUCUCUACUGAACCUUUUGCUGCAUUAUUUAAAAACAUGAAGAAGAAUAAUUUGCCCAAGUUUGAUGCUGCCGAUUCAGCAUUUGCUACACUUAAGGGUAUAAAAGCACUGACAGAGCUUUGUUCAGAAGAUGCUACAUGCCAAAGUACGAUAGCUAAAUUUGGAGUGCUUUGCUUGCUCAGACGCUUCCUUUUGGAUGAUGAUUAUGAAAAGCUUGCUGCUAACGAGACAUACGAUGCAUCAAGGCUUCUAGAGUCUCAAGAUCGGAAUUCAACUGUUUCUGGUGAUUCAUCUGCUACAGACCCUGAUGAUCAUUCUAGCAUAAGAGUUCCUCCUACAGCACAUAUUCGGAGGCAUGCUGCUCGGCUGCUUACAAUUCUGUCUCUUCUACCAAACAUUAAGAAAGCUAUUUUAGCAGAUGAAAUAUGGUGUAAAUGGCUUGAGGAUUGUGCCAGCGGGAACAUCCCUUGUUGCAGUGACCUUAAAAUUCAAAGUUAUGCCAGGGCAACUCUCUUAAAUGUAUUUUGUUCAGAAGAAGAAGAUUUAGAGGCAGGAAGUCAUAAGCAUCCUGAAAUGGAUGGAGGGAACCAAAAGACAAAGUGCCCUCAAUUUGAAGAUAUGAUAUUCUUGCUAAAUCCUGAAUUGCCAUACUGGAAAUGUCCUGACAAGAGCCAUUUGGGAAAUUCACAAGAUCCAUCUGCUUCGCCUUCUAAUGGUGGUAAAUGUAUUGAACAUGAGAUUGAUAGCACUUCCAGCUCUUCAGAUGGCUCGGAAGUAGUAUCCAAGUCAGCAGUUCCUUUACUGGAUGUUGUCUUUGUCCAUGGCCUACGUGGUGGGCCUUUCAAGUCGUGGCGCAUAGCAGAUAACAAGUCCUCAACAACCAGUAAAUCUGGCCUGGUAGAGAACAUAGAUCAAGAAGCUGGGAAACAGGGUACAUGCUGGCCAAGAGAAUGGCUUGCUGCUGAUUUUCCUGAUGCUCGCUUAUUUACUGUUAGAUACAAGACAAAUCUUACUCAAUGGUCGGGAGCUAGCUUGCCUCUUCAGGAGGUCAGUUCAAUGCUGCUAAGAAAGCUAAUUGGUGCGGGAAUUGGGAAUCGACCUGUUGUAUUUGUGACUCAUAGCAUGGGUGGACUGGUUGUUAAGCAGAUGUUAUUUCAGGCAAAGAUAAAUAAUCUGGACAAGUUUAUGAACAAUACGAUUGGAGUAGUGUUCUAUAGCUGUCCACAUUUUGGUAGCAAGCUUGCUGAUAUGCCUUGGCGUAUGGGCCUGGUUCUCCGUCCAGCACCAUCAAUUGGGGAACUAAGAAGUGGCUCCCCGAGAUUGGUAGAACUGAAUGACCUUCUUCGCCAUCUCCAAAAAAAAGGACUUCUUGAGGUUCUCAGUUUCAGUGAGACCCAGGUUACCCCAAUUGUUGAAGGUUAUGGUGGCUGGGCCUUUCGCAUGGAGAUUGUACCAAUUGAAUCUGCAUAUCCUGGCUUUGGCGAACUUGUGGUACUGGAUGCCACUGAUCAUAUAAACUCAUGCAAGCCAGUUAGCCGUAUUGAUCCAUCCUAUGCAGAGACGUUGGACUUCUUAAAGAAAUUGAAAGCACGCCUUACAUGAGUGUCCAUAUAUUUCAUUUAAGAUCUUAGUCCCUUUGAUGACAAGUUGUACUUUGAUAGCCACAAAAUUCUGCCAGGUUUUUUACAAAGUGCAGAAUUUGCUACAAAGAGCUUGUGAAGGUGCUAAUAGUAGAUAAUCUGAUAUUUCAUGAAAGCCUUUCAAGGGAAGAUUGUUAUGAAACAUGAAGCAUGAAGCAUUUAUAGGAACAUUCACCGGAUACAGGUUAUAGUUAUCUGCAUUCUGUUCUAAAGAAAAUCACUUGUAAAAGAAAUUACCCUCAUUUAUAUGAGUGCAAAUGUCUCGCACCUUGUAAGAAAAUUUUGUAAGAGAAACAGGAAACAUCUGUAUAUAUAAUUUGUUGAAUUUUUUAAUUUUGUCA